AUGUCAUACCAAGAGCAGCAGUGCAAGCAGCCCUGCCAGCCUCCUCCUGUGUGCCCACCACCAAAGUGCCCAGAGCCCUGUCCUCCACCAAAGUGCCCAGAGCCCUGUCCUCUGCCAAAGUGCCCUGAGCCUUGUCCUCCUCCAAAGUGUCCUGAACCUUGUCCUGAGCCAUGUCUUCCUUCUCCAUGCCAGCAGAAAUGCCCUCCUGUGCAAACUCCUCCACCAUGCCAGCAGAAGUGCCCACCCAAGAGCAAGUGA